AUGUUAGUCCCUGUAACUACGUACGUUGUUAUUUUUGCUAAUUCCAUCAUAUGCUACACUCUUGCAGAAACUGAGGAUAUUGUUAAUGUCGUAGAUGAAAUAACCUCAUUGUUAUCAGUGAUACAACAUAUAAUUUCCACUGCAGUGUUUUUAUAUUACAAUAAAAGAAAUGUUCAUAUAAUAAAAAUGAUUGUCAAAAUAGACGAUAUUCUGAAUAUUUCAAAUAAUAGACAGACAUAUAAGGAUAGCCGAAGACACAUUAUUAUCGGAAUUUUAUUGUUUGUGAUUAUUUAUUUGCUAUUAGAUAUUUACGAUUGUGUUAUAACCGUAGAUAUAUCGUUAGCACACCGAGCAAUAUUAAUAAUAAUUGAUUUUGAACGUCACUUCGAAGUGCUGUGUUUUUGUAUAUUUAUAAAAACAAUGAAAGAUAGAUUAGGUGUAGUGAAUUCUCUUUUAGAACAAGUGAUUAAAACUAAACAUCAUCGACAUACUUCAAAUAAUCCGGUUAGUGAUUUGAGAAAUCAAAUCAAUCUUUUGCGUGUACAUACUGAUACAAAUGAUACAAUUGAUAAUAUUUUUAGAAUUCACGCUUUAUCUAACAGUUUUGAUUUGAUUGGAAAAACAUGUAAUGAGAUUAAUAAAAUUUUCGAAUUCCACAUAUUUAGAGCGCUAUGUACCACAUUCCUAUAUAUUAUAAUCACAAUAUGGACAUCAAUCUACGAUAUCAAAACUGAAGAAACUCCCACAUCUUUACCCAGUGUUAUAUUGACUUGUAUAUUUGAAAUUUUGUCAGUCGGACUUAUGUCUUACAGUUGUGAAAUAAUGCUAUUGAAGCGUAAUUCAACUAAGAUCUUAGUAAACCAACUUGUUAUGGACUACGACCUAACCAGACAAAUGCGUAUUCAAGCUAAAGCAUUUAUGGAGUUGAUAGAGGUGUGGCCUUUACAGAUUUAUGCAUACGACAUGUUUGCUAUUGACUUAAAGUUGAUGCUGAAAUUUAUAAGCGUAUCGACAACAUAUCUUAUAGUAAUUAUUCAAGUGUCACAUUUUUUUUAA